GAUUUUAAGUGAUUUUUCUGGACUUAUUCAUGUGUGUAAUAAUAAUAUACCAUGAUGAACCUGCUGGGUUAUUGCGGGGCACUCUGUGAAUCUCCAGGUAAGCAUCCGGCAAGUAAAGAACUCUGUAAUGUGUGAGUUACAGGAAAUGGAAGUGCAACCUUAGGUCAGAGGUACCACCUCAGGCAAGAACUAAAGCUUAUACAGGAGCAGCUUUUGAAUAAAAGCAUUUUGGUUGUUAACACUCCUUAGGUCUGCCUGUGAUCUGCACUCCAGUCAAUAUCAAGGCAUGGAUCCACUUUAGUACCAUUCUAGUAACUGUGCAGACUAUUUCUACGGCUGGAGAGAGACAGCAUAAGACACUGUGAAAGGCAUUUUGACAGCAGCGUGUCACCCGAGAAGGUGAUUAUGAGGCGAUCAUGCAGGUUUAAAACAGCUGUCGUUGGAUGGAGUCAACUUUUUUAAGAGCUGUGAGAUCCCCUUUUGCUAGCUGGCAGUUCUGGAGCAUAUCUUGAAGCACAGACUCCACAAGCACAGAAUGAUGGGACUGGAUUGUCAGGUAGACCUGAAGUAACCAGCAGUGGUUCAAAAAUUUCUGCAUGAGAAAGGACAUCUUUAUGGAACUGUGUCAAGAGCUUGAGCAUCAGGAUAAGGUGAUGAAGGUCAUACCAGUCCAGAAGUGGGUUGCUAUUGCAAUCUGGAAGAUGGCUACUCAAGAAUGAUACAGGACCCCAGAGCUGAUGUUAAGAAGUGGAUACUAGCACAUCAGAAAGCAAAGACAGGGCAGACUUUGCCUCCAAUGUUAUCUUGGCUUUCUGUAAAAAGAAGGAAGAGGAAAAUGUAAAUGUCUUUCACGUUCUGACUCUUUCUUCACAAAAUGGACAAAAAUCAGCUACAGCAGAAAAUGGUGUGAAUUCAGUUAAGGUUACAGAAAGAAACCAAGAUCUAUGUGCUUGCCAAGUAGCAUCAUGGCUAAUCUAUUACUGAAAAUGAGACAAGCAAGUUCUUUGAACAUCUGAGGACGGGAGAUUUGAUAAAGAAUCUGGAUAAGGAGCAGUCAGAAGCAUAGCCACUUUUUGGAGACAAGGAAUGCAGUGAACAGUGAGGGGCUUUCUGGAGUACAAUAAAAGCAAAAGAGCCAACAACACUCAAGCAAUGAAGAUAAAAAAUAGUUCAUUUGAUUUAUAAAUUCAGAAUUUGCUUCAUGUUCUUAGCAGGAAAAGAUCAUACAAAAAAAGAAGAUGGAGAUCAAGGAUAAGAUCAGGUUGGCCAGGGUAACCGUGCUCCAUGAUUGUCUGGGUUGCAAGACAUUCGAGGUGCCUCCUUCUGCUGCUGUCCGGGAUGUAAAGAUAUUAAUUAAUUCAGAAACAGGGUUUCCUGUUGCUGAGCAGCAGUUGUGGCACCUUGGGAGAGAGUUGUCGGAUUAUACUAAAUUUGGGGACUGUCUGAAUUCUGAAAAUCAUAUUUUCUUAAACCUUCGGUCAAAAGGUCUGAAAGGAGGAGGCCGUUUUGGUCAAACAACUCCACCACUUGUUGAUUUUCUUAAGGACAUUUUAAGAAGAUACCCAGAAGGAGGACAGAUUCUUAAGGAACUGAUCCAGAAUGCAGAAGAUGCUGGUGCCACAGAGGUUAGGUUUCUGUAUGAUGAGACUCAAUAUGGAACAGAAUCUCUCUGGUCAAAGGAUAUGGCACAGUACCAAGGGUCAGCACUUUAUGCGUACAACAAUGCAAUUUUUACCCUGGAAGACUGGCACGGCAUACAGGAAAUAGCAAGAAGCAAAAAAAAGGAUGAUCCCCUAAAAGUUGGAAGAUUUGGAAUUGGGUUCAAUUCAGUCUAUCAUAUAACAGAUGUCCCUAGUAUCUUCAGUGGUGACCAGAUUGGAAUGUUGGAUCCCCAUCAAACACUUUUUGGACCCCAUGAAUCAGGCCAGUGUUGGAAUCUAAAGGAUGACAGCAAAGAAGUUAGUGAACUUACAGACCAGUUUGCACCAUUCAUUGGUGUAUUUGGUAGCACUAAAGAAACCUUCAAGAAUGGAAACUUUCCUGGUACAUUUUUUCGUUUCCCUCUUCGCCUGCAGCCUUCCCAAUUGAGUAGCAAUCUGUACAAUAAACAAAAAGUUCUGGAGCUUUUUGAAUCCUUUCGAGCAGAUGCAGAUACAGUCCUGCUGUUUCUGAAAAGUGUGCAAGAUGUUUCCUUACAUGUUAGAGAGGCUGAUGGAAUUGAGAGACUGGUCUUUAGAGUAACUGCUAGUGAGAACAAGGCCUUGAAACAUGAACGACCCAAUUCCAUCAAGAUUCUAGGAACUGCAAUAAGUCAGUAUUGCAAAGGGGUUCCAAGCAACAGCAUAACAUGUGUCACAUACCAUGUAAAUAUAAUCUUAGAAGAUGAAAGUGUGAAGGAUGCACAAAAAACAUCUUGGUUAGUAUGUAACAGUGUGGGAGGUCGAGGGAUAUGCAAUGAACUAGAUUGUUUGGCUGAUGACUUGAAGUUUGUCCCUACUAUUGGAAUAGCCAUGUCUUUAUCAAGUAAUGGGGAAGAAAAAGGAGCUGUAGCAGAAUUUUCAGGAAAAGCAUUUUGUUUUCUUCCUUUACCUCCUGGUGAGGAAAGUAAGACUGGUCUCCCCGUUCAUGUUAGUGGGUUCUUUGGCCUGACUGACAAUAGAAGGAGUAUCAAAUGGCGAGAAUUAGAUCAGUGGCGAGAUCCAGCAGCUUUAUGGAAUGACCUCCUUGUGGUGAAUGUCGUCCCGAAAGCAUAUGCCACUCUCAUUUUGGAAGCUAUCAAGAGAAUGGAGACUGAGAAGAACUCAGAUUUUCCUUUGUCAUCUGAGAGAAUUUAUAGACUAUGGCCUGAAAAGGAUAAAAUUAGGGUACACUGGAAACCAAUCAUAGAACCUCUGUUUAAAGAGUUGCUACAGAAUGCAGUUAUUUACUCUGCUAGCAAUGACUGGAUAAAGGUGGAGCAAGUAUGCUUCUCAGAAAUGGAUGACAGCUUGGAGUACACACAAACUGUCCUUAACUACCUCCAAAGCUCAGGGAACCAGAUUGCUAACGUACCUGCAAACAUUGCUAGUGCAGUUAAUCUUUCUGAAUCUAGCUGUAAAACUGUGAAAAAGGUGACUCCUGCUGUAGUACGGCAGGUGUUGAGGAAAUCUGGACAUUCUGGCCCUCCUGAAGAAAAGCUUCAUCUCUUGGAAUUUGUGCUUACUGAUGGAGUCUACAGUGAACUUAUUGGAUUGGAACUUCUGCCAUUACAAAAUGGAAAUUUUAUUCCAUUUUCCUCAUCUGUGUCAGAUCAAGAUGUAGUUUACAUAACCUCAGAAGAUUACCCAAGGUCCCUCUUCCCAGGUCUUGAAGGACGAUUACUUUCUGAUAAUCUGAAACCUCAAGUUCUAAUUGCUUUGAAGGAAGCUGCCAAAAGCCGAGCCCAACAGCUUCUCUGGGGAUUUUCAGGAAGACCAUGCACUCAGCUGCAACUUCUGAACCCUGAACGAUUUGCCCGGCUUAUCAAAGAAGUUCUGAAUACUGUGUGGCCUGGCAGGGACCUACUGGUACAGUGGUAUCCAGUUUCAGAAGAUAAAAAUCACCCACCUAUUUCGUGGCUUAAGAUGGUCUGGAAGAAUCUAUAUAUACACUUUUCUGAAGACUUGGCUAUGUUUGAUGACAUGCCACUCAUCCCGAAGAUACCGCUAGAGGAAGAUCAGGUAUUAGUGGAACUUAUUAGACUUAGGACACCAUCUGCAAUUAUUUUAGAAGAUGAAUCUGAGACACAGCUUCCAGGAUUUUUAGCUGACAUCAUUCAAAAACUUGGCGGUAUUGUACUUAAGAAGUUAGAUGCUUCCAUCCAGCAUCCGCUUUUUAAAAAGUAUGUACAUUCACCAUCACCAGGUGCUGUUUUGCAGAUAAUGGAGAAACUGUCACUGCAAAAACUGUCUAGUCAAGUUUCAUCAUUACCUCCAGCACAUAAAGAUGCUCUCAGGAGAUUCUUAGCUAGUUUAACUGAUGUCAAUGAAAAAGAGAGGAAAAUUAUUCAGGAGCUGUUGAUAUUUAAAAGAAUUGAGCAAUCAUGUGAUGAAGGGGUUUCUGCUUUUACUGGAUUAAAAGGUUGUAAAGUGUUGCAUCACACUGCCAAACUUCCACCUGGUUUGAGACUUUCUAUUCCAAUAAUUGACAGCAGAGAUGAAGCUACCAUUCGUUUAGCUAACAUACUACAAGUUGAACAGUUAAAGAGCACAGAUUGUCUAAAGUUUAUUAUACAGGAUAUUCAAAAUGACUUUUAUUCUUAUGAUGAAACAACACAAAUUAUGCUCUGGGUUCUUGAAAAUCUGACAUUCCUCAAAAAUGAGAAUAGAGAUGUGCUAGCUUGGCUGACAUCCCUAAAAUUUAUUCAGAUUUCAGAAGGAAGCAUAGUGUCGGCCAAUGAACUUUUUGAUCCUGAGGUAGAAGUACUGCAAAAUCUGUUUUAUGCUGAGGAGGAAAUUUGUUUCCCACCUAGCAUUUUUACAACAUCUUCAGAUAUUCUUCAUUCUCUGAGACAAAUAGGUUUAAAAAGUGAAAGCAAUCUUGAAGAAAAAGAUAUUAUGCGAGUGGCAAAUAAAAUUGAAAGUUUGCAAGGUGAUUCUAGCACAAGCCAUGAUGUAUUAUUAAGAAAAGCUAGAACUCUGUUAAUGAUUUUGAACAAAAAUCAUAUGUUGCUGCAGUCACCUGAAGCUAAAACGCUGCUGAAAAAAUUAAAAUGGAUUCCAGCGUGUAAGGAAAGACCUCCAAACUAUCCUGCAUCAUUGGUUUGGAAAGGAGACCUUUGUAAUUUUUGUUCACCACCAGAAAUGUGUAAUAUAGCUCAUGCAAUUUUAGCCGGUUCAUCAGUUCCCUUUGUGGAAGGUGUCCAUUUAAAUAUAGAAAAAGCACUUGGCAUGUCCAUCAAACCUGGAAUAAAAGCAGUCCUAAAACAUUUUAAAGUGGUGGUUGAUUGGCACAGUUCUAAAACCUUUAGUGAUGAAGAUUAUUACCAAUUUCAGCAUAUAUUGCUUGAAAUUUAUGGAUUUAUGCACGAUCACUUAGAAGAAGGUAAAGAUGCUUUUAAAGCCUUGACAUUUCCCUGGGUCUGGACUGGUAAAACAUUUUGUUCCCUUACCCAGGCUGUAAUAAUGUCAGUACCUGAUCUUGAUCUCCAGCCUUAUUUGCAUAAUGUACCAAAAACGAUGGCUAAAUUCCACCAGUUGUUUAAAAGUUGUGGUUCAGUUGAGCAGUUGACACCAGACCAUGUUUCCAUGGUCAUUCAGAAAAUAUAUCUAAAGAGUGAGCAAUCUAUCAGUGAAGAGGAGAGUAAACAAAAUCUUCAUAUUAUGCUGAAUAUUAUAAGAUGGCUAUAUAGCAGUCAGAUUCCAGCAAGUCUGAAUACACCUGUGCCUAUAUAUUGUAGCAAGCGUCCUUUUAAGCUUGUAAUGAAACCAAUUCAUGAAUGUUGUUAUUGUGACAUCAAAGUUGAUGACUUAAAUGAUUUGCUUGAAGAUUCUACAGAACCAAUAAUUCUGGUGCAUGAAGACAUACCUAUGAAAACUGCAGAAUGGUUAAAUGUGCCCUGCCUCAGUACAAGAUUGAUUAAUCCAGAAAACAUGGGAUUUGAGCAAUCUGGGCAAAGAGAACCUCUGACUGUAAGAAUUAAAAACAUUUUGGAGGAAUACCCUUCUGUUUCAGAUAUAUUUAAAGAGCUACUUCAAAAUGCCGAUGAUGCCAAUGCGACAGAAUGUAAUUUCAUGAUUGACAUGAGAAGAAAUAUGAAUAUAAGAGAGAAUCUUUUGGAUCCAGGAAUGGCAGCAUGUCAUGGACCAGCUUUAUGGUCAUUCAACAAUUCUGAAUUUUCUGACUCAGAUUUUCUAAAUAUAACUAGAUUAGGUGAGUCUCUAAAAAGAGAAGAAGUUGAUAAAGUGGGGAAAUUUGGAUUAGGGUUCAACUCUGUUUACCAUAUCACUGAUAUUCCCAUCAUUAUGAGCCGAGAAUUCAUGAUAAUGUUUGAUCCAAACAUUAACCAUCUCAGUAAACAUAUUAGAGAUAAAUCUAAUCCUGGGAUCAAGAUUAAUUGGAGUAAGCAACAGAAAAGGCUGCGAAAAUUUCCUAAUCAGUUCAAGCCAUUUAUAGGUGUGUUUGGUUGUCAGCUACCAUUGACUGUGGAGGCUCCUUACAGUUAUAAAGGGACACUUUUCAGACUUUCCUUUAGAACUCAACAGGAAGCUAAAGUGAGUGAAGUUAGCAGUACUUGCUAUAAUACAGCAGAUAUUUAUUCUCUUGUGGAUGAGUUUAGCAUUUGUGGUCAUAGACUGAUUAUAUUCACUCAGUGUGUAAAUUCAAUGGUUCUGAAAUACUUGAAAGUUGAGGAAUCUGACCCUGGUGUAGCACAAGAUACAGUGACCAUUAAAAAAAGUCUGUGUUCCUCUAAAGCAUUGGCUACACCAGUUGUAAAUGUUUUAAAGGAAGCAGCAAAGCUCAUGAAGACUUGCAGCAGCAGUAAUAGAAAACUUCCCACUGAAACUCCAAAGUCUUCAUGUAUCCUGCAGAUAGUAGUAGAAGAAUUUCAUUAUGUAUUUAGGCGGAUUGCUGACUUACAGUCUCCACUUUUCAGAGGUCCAGAAGAUGAUCCAGCUUCUCUUUUUGAAACGGCUAAAGCUGGACAGGUGAAAAGGCCAGCUGAAGAACUGCCACAAAAAACAGUAGAUUCUACAACUUGGCUCAUAUGUUCUUGUAUGGAUAUUGGUGAUGCUCUAAAAUUUUCAUUACACGAAAGUGGACGAAGACUAGGCCUUGUUCCCUGUGGUGGAGUAGGAGUACUGCUGUCUGAAACUCAGGACCAAAAGUGGAUUGUGAAACCUAAUUGCAAAAACAUUGGAGAAGUAUUCUGCUACUUACCGCUACGAAUAAAAACAGGUUUACCCGUUCACAUCAAUGGUUGUUUUGCUGUUACUUCAAAUAGAAAAGAGAUCUGGAAAACAGACACAAAAGGAAGAUGGAACACAAUAUUCAUGAGACAUGUCAUUGUAAAGGCCUAUUUAGAAGCACUUUGUGUUUUACGUGACAUGACAGUCAAUGGUGAGCUAGCUGACUACAGUUACUAUGCAGUAUGGCCAGAUCCUGACUCAGUGCAUGAUGAUUUUUCUGUGAUAUGUCAAGGAUUUUAUGAAGAUAUAGCUCAUGCAAAAGGCAAAGAAAGAAUCAAAGUGUUCUCUGAUGGUUCAUCUUGGGUUUCCAUGAAGAAUGUGAGGUUUUUAGAUGAUUCAAUAUUGAAGCGUCCAGAUAUUGGACCAUCAGCAUUUAAAAUCUUCCUCAAAUACCUUAAAAAAACUGGAUCAAAAAAUCUUUGCACUGUGGAGCUUCCAUCUUGGGUGAAGACAGGGUUUGAAGAAGCAGGAUGUAAAUAUAUAUUACUAGAGAACACUUUCUCUGAGAGACAGUUCUUUUCUGAAGUUUUUUUCCCUAAUAUUCAGGAAAUUGAUGCAGAGCUGCGUGAUCCUUUGAUGAGUUAUGUUUUGUAUGAAAAGAUUGAGGAGUUCUCAGGAAUACUUCGUGUUACUCCAUGUAUUCCUUGUUCUUUGGAUAGACAUUCUUUAGUUAUACCUUCAAGUUUGAUUCACCCUGAAGGAAGAGUUGCAAAGUUGUAUGAUGCUAAAGAUGGAAGAUUUCCUUAUGGCAGCAGUCAGGAUUACCUUAAUCCAGUUAUCUUGGUUAAACUUGUUCAGUUAGGUAUGGCUAAGGAUGAUGUCUCAUGGGAAGAUCUAAUAGAACGUGCAGAAUCAGUAGCAGUAAUUAAUAGAAAUGAUCAUGUUGCAGCUUGUCUCAGAAGCAGCAUUAUAUUAAGUCUCAUUGAUGAAAAACUAAAAUGUAGAGAUCCUAGAGCUAAAGAAUUUGCUGCAAAAUGCCAAACAAUCCCUUUUCUCCCAUUCCUCCCAAAACCAGCAGGCUUCUCAUUACCCUGGAAGGGUAGUGACUUUGAGCCUGAAACAAUGUUUUCAGCAACUGAUCUUUUUACUGCUGAUCAUCAAGAUAUUGUUUGUCUUUUACGACCAGUUCUUAAUGAAAACUCUCAUUCCUUUAAAGGUUGUGGGGCUAUAUCAUUAGCUGUCAAAGACUUCUUGGGUUUACUUAAGAAACCAACUGUUAAUCUGGUCAUAAAUCAGUUGCAAGAAGUUGCAAAGUCAUUUGAUGGAAUUACUUUGUACCAGGAGAAUAUCACCAAUGCUUGCUACAAAUACCUCCAUGAAGCAAUGCUACAAAAUGAAACAACAAAAGCAGUCAUCAUUGAAAAGUUGAAAAAUUGUAGUUUCAUUCUUGUCGAGAGUGCAUAUGUUGUCCCAACAAAAGUAUGUUUUCAUUUGAAUUUUGAAGCAACACCAUAUCUUUAUCAGUUGCCUAAUAAAUAUAAAAAUAGUUUCCGUGAACUAUUUGAAAAUGUAGGUGUAAGACAUGCUUUUACUGUUGAAGAUUUUGCCUCAGUUCUUGAGACUGUAAAUCAUGAAAGGGGAUGCAAACAGCUAACAGAAGAGAAUUUUCAGCGUUGUAGGAGAAUCAUUAGUGAAGGAAUAUGGAGUCUCAUUAGAGAGAAGAAGCAAGAAUUAUGUGAGAAAAAAUAUGGUGAGAUUUUGUUGCCAGAUACUCAUUUGGCACUUUUACCUGCUAAAUCUUUGUGCUACAAUGACUGUCCUUGGAUAAAAGUUAAAGAUACAACUGUAAAAUACUGUCACGCUGAUAUCCCUAGAGAAGUUGCAGUAAAACUUGGUGCAGUACCCAAGCGACAUAAAGCUUUAGAAAGAUAUGCCUCUAAUAUCUGUUUUACUACUCUUGGGACUGAGUUUGGACAGAAAGAAAAAUUGACAAGUAGAAUUAAAAGCAUUCUUAAUGCCUAUCCCUCUGAAAAAGAAAUGCUGAAAGAGCUUCUUCAGAAUGCGGAUGAUGCAAAAGCUACAGAAAUCUGUUUUGUGUUUGAUUCUAGACAACAUCCAGUUGAUAGAAUAUUUGAUGAGAAAUGGGCACCACUUCAAGGUCCAGCACUAUGUGUUUACAACAAUCAGCCUUUCACAGAGGAUGACAUAAGAGGAAUUCAGAACCUUGGAAAAGGCACUAAAGAAGGAAAUCCAUGUAAAACUGGACAAUAUGGGAUAGGAUUCAAUUCCGUGUAUCACAUUACUGACUGCCCAUCUUUCAUAUCUGGUAAUGAUAUACUAUGUAUCUUUGAUCCCCAUGCUAGAUAUGCACCAGGUGCAACUUCAAUGAGUCCUGGACGUAUGUUUAGAGAUUUAGAUGCAGAUUUCAGAACACAGUUCUCAGAUGUACUGGACCUUUAUUUAGGAAAUCACUUUAAAAUGGAUAAUUGCACAAUGUUUAGGUUUCCACUUCGAAAUGCAGAAAUGGCAAAAGUGUCAGAAAUUUCCCCAGUUCCAUGUUCAGAUAGAAUGGUCCAAAAUCUUCUGGAUAAGCUGCGCACAGAUGGAGCAGAACUUCUAAUGUUUUUAAAUCACAUGGAAAAAAUUUCCAUUUGUGAAAUAGAAAAAGCAACUGGAGCAUUGAAUGUGUUAUAUUCUGUAAAGGGCAAUAUCACUGAUGGAGACAGAUUGAAACGGAAGCAAUUCCAUGCAUCUGUAAUUGACAGCGUAACUAAAAAAAAGCAGUUAAGUGAAAUACCUGUGCAACAAAUUACUUACACUAUGGAUACCGAAGAUUCUGAAGGGAACCUUACAUCUUGGUUAAUUUGCAACAGAUCAGGUUUUUCAGCUAUGGAAAAGGUGUCUAAGAGUGUUAUAUCAGCUCACAAGAACGAAGACAUUACUCUUUUUCCACGUGGAGGUGUAGCUGCUUGCAUUACUCACAACUACAAAAAACCACAUCGGGCAUUUUGUUUCUUACCCUUAUCAUUAGAAACCGGGUUACCUUUUCACGUGAAUGGACAUUUUGCUCUAGAUUCUGCCAGAAGAAAUCUAUGGAGGGAUGAUAAUGGAGUUGGAGUAAGAAGUGAUUGGAAUAAUAGCCUAAUGACAGCACUAAUAGCACCCGCCUAUGUUGAACUACUGAUUCAACUAAAAAAACGUUACUUUCCAGGCACUGAUCCCACAGUAUCAGUAUUGCAAAACACACCUGUUCAUAUUGUAAAAGACACUUUGAAAAAAUUUUUGUCUUUCUUCCCUGUUAACAGACUUGAUCUGCAGCCAGAUUGGUAUUGCUUAGUGAAAGCAGUUUACAGCUGCAUUCAUGAAGAUUUAAAACGCCUCUUACCUGUUGUGCGGGCUCCAAAUAUUGAUGGCUCUGAUUUACAUUCUGCUGUUAUUAUUACUUGGGUUAAUAUGUCUACCUCGAACAAAGGUAGGCCAUUCUUUGACAAUUUGCUACAAGAUGAGUUGCAUCACCUCAAAAAUGUAGACUACAUCACAACACGUAAGACAGUGGCAGAAAAUGUUUAUAGACUCAAACAUCUUCUUUUAGAAAUUGGAUUCAAUUUGGUAUAUAACUGUGAUGAAACAGCAAAUCUUUACCAUUGUCUUGUAGAUGCAGAUAUACCUGUCAGCUAUGUGACUCCUGCUGACGUCCGAUUUUUUUUGAUGACUUUUUCUUCUCCAGACUCUAAUUGCCACAUUGGAAAGUUGCCUUGUCGUCUUCAACAGACAAACCUGAAACUCUUUCACAGUCUAAAACUUCUGGUUGAUUAUUGCUUUAAGGAUGCUGAAGAAAAUGAUGUCCAAAUUGAGGGGUUGCCACUUCUUAUUACACUUGACAAUGUCUUACAAGUUUUUGAUUCAAAGAGGCCAAAGUUCUUAACAACGUAUCAUGAACUGAUUCCAUCUCGCAAGGAUCUGUUUAUGAACACUCUGUAUUUGAGAUACAGUAAUAUUUUACUUAGAUGUGAGGUAGCAAAAGCUUUUGAUAUCACAAGUUUUGCUGAUUUGUUAUCAUCUGUGUUGCCUAGAGAAUAUAAAACCAGAAGUUUUGUACGAUGGAAAGAAAAUUUUGCAAGUGAAUCUUGGCUUAAAAAUACAUGGCAUUUUAUCAGUGAAUCUGUAAAUGUUAAGGAAGAUCAAGAGGAUAUGACACCAAAAUUUGAUGAUGUUGUUGAUACUUUGAAGGAUUGGGCUUUGCUUCCAGGUAUGAAGUUUACUGUCUCAGCCAAUCAGCUUGUUGUACCAGAGUGUGAUGUCUUAUUGCCCCUCAGCUUAAUGCACAUAGCUCUUUUCCCAAAUGCUCAGAGUGAUAAAGUUUUCCAUGCUUUAAUGAAAACUGGUUGUAUUCAGCUUGCGUUGAACAAGAUAUGCUCCAAAGACAAUGUUUUAAUGCCUCUGUUGUCAGGAUAUACAGCAAAUAUAGAUAAUCCAUCAAGCAUUCUGAAAGCCAUACACUAUAUGGUGCAGACUUCAACAUUUAAGACUGAAAAAUUAGCAGAAAAUGAUUUUGAGGCCCUUCUAAUGUACUUUAGUUGCCAUUUAAGUCAUUUGAUGUCUCAGGAUGACAUCAAAAUUUUAAAGUCUCUUCCAUGCUAUAAAUCCAUUAGUGGUCGAUACAUCAGUAUUUCAAAAUGUGGAACAUGUUACAUACUUACAAAAAGUAUUCCUUCAGUUGAAGUGGAUAGAUGGACACAGUCAACUUCAUCUGCCUUUCUUGAAGAAAAAAUUAAUUUGAAAGACUUGUACACUGUGCUUGGUUGUGUCCCUGUGGAUGAUCUUGAAGUGUAUUUGAAGCAUCUUUUACCAAAAAUUGAAAGUCUGUCUUAUGAUGCAAAGGUACAACAUCUGAUCUACUUAAAGAACAGACUUACUGGCAUCGAGGAAUCUUCAGAAAUAAAGGAACAGCUAUUUGAAAAGCUGGAAAGCUUUUUGAUAAUUCAUGAUGCAAGCAAUAGAUUAAAACCUGCAAAACAUUUUUAUGACAGAACUGUAAAAGUCUUUGAAGUUAUGCUUCCUGAAAAAUUAUUCAUACCUCAAGAUUUCUUUAAGAGACUGGAACAGCUCACAAAACCGAAGAAUCAAGGGGCAUUCCUUACAUCCUGGGUAACAUUCCUGAGGAAUAUAGGACUAAAAUACAUCAUUUCUCAGCAACAGUUACUACAGUUUGCUAAGGAGAUCAGUAUGAGAGCAAACACAGAAAGCUGGUCUAAGGAAACACUGCAAAAUACAGUUGAUGUCCUCCUUCAUCACAUAUUUCAGGAAAGAACUGAUUUAUUAUUGGGAAACUUUCUAAAAGAAUUAUCUUUAAUUCCUUUUUUGUGUCCAGAGCGUGCGCCUGCUGAAAUUGUCAGAUUUCAUCCUCAGUAUCAAGAGGUUAAUGGAACGCUACCUCUUAUAAGAUUCAGUGGAGCACAAGUAAACCCUAAAUUCAAACAGACUGAUGUUUUACAAUUGCUAUGGACCUCAUGUCCUAUUCUUCCUGAAAAAGCUACACCUUUAAGUAUCAAAGAACAGGAAGGAAGCAGUCUUGGUCCACAAGAACAGCUUGAACAGGUUUUAACUAUGCUUAAUGUUAACUUGGAUCCUCCUUUGGACAAAGUUAUCAAUAACUGCAGAAAUAUAUGCAAUAUAACAACUUUAGAUGAGGAUAUGGUGAAAACCAGAGCUAAGGUACUAAGAAGUAUCUAUGAAUUUCUCAGUACAGAGAAAAGGGAAUUCCGCUUUCAGCUUCGAGGGAUUGCUUUUGUGAUGGUGGAAGAAGGUUGGAAGCUCCUGAAGCCUGAGGAGGUAGUCAUAAAUCUUGAGUAUGAAUCUGAUUUCAAACCUUACCUUUACAAACUUCCUUUAGAACUUGGCACCUUCCACCAAUUGUUUAAACAUUUAGGUACUGAAGAUGUUAUUUCAACAAAACAAUAUGUUGAGGUUUUAAGUCGCAUAUUCAAGAACUCUGAAGGAAAACAAUUGGAUCCUAAUGAAAUGCGCACAGUUAAAAGAGUUGUUUCUGGCCUGUUUAAAAGUCUGCAAAAUGAUUCUGUUAAGGUUAGAAAUGACCUUGAGAAUGUGAGAGAUCUGGCUCUUUACCUUCCCAGUCAAGAUGGUAGAUUGGUAAAAUCAAGUAUCUUAGUUUUUGAUGAUGCACCACAUUACAAAAGUAGAAUACAGGGUAAUAUCGGUGUACAGAUGCUCGUUGAUCUUAGCCAGUGUUAUUUAGGAAAAGACCAUGGUUUUCACACUAAGCUGAUAAUGCUAUUUCCUCAGAAACUGAGGCCUCGCCUACUUAGCAGUAUUCUUGAAGAAUUGUUGGAUGAAGAAUCUCCCAAAACAUGUCAGUUUGGAGCAUUAUGUUCUCUACAAGGAAGGUUGCAGUUACUAUUAUCUUCUGAACAGUUUAUUACAGGACUCAUUAGAAUUAUGAAGCAUGAAAAUGACAACGCUUUCUUAGCCAAUGAAGAAAAGGCCAUAAAACUGUGCAAAGCCUUGCGAGAAGGCUUGAAAGUUUCCUGUUUUGAGAAGUUGCAAACAACAUUAAGGGUUAAAGGGUUUACUCCUAUUCCACACAGUAGAAGUGAAACAUUUGCUUUUUUAAAGCGAUAUGGGAAUGCAGUAAUACUGCUUUAUAUACAGCACUCUGAUAGCAAAGACAUAAAUUUCCUCUUAGCAUUAGCAAUGACCCUGAAAUCUGCAACCGACAAUCUAAUUUCUGAUACCUCAUAUUUAAUUGCUAUGUUGGGUUGCAAUGAUAUUUACAGAAUUAGUGAGAAGCUUGAUAGUUUAGGAGUGAAGUAUGACUCCUCAGAACCAUCAAAGCUUGAAUUACCAAUGCCUGGCACUCCUAUCCCAGCUGAAAUUCAUUACACUCUCCUUAUGGAUCCAAUGAAUGUUUUCUAUCCAGGUGAAUAUGUUGGUUACCUUGUUGAUGCUGAAGGUGGUGAUAUAUAUGGAUCAUACCAACCAACAUAUACAUAUGCAAUCAUUGUACAAGAAGUAGAAAGGGAAGAUGAUGAAAAUUCCAGUUUUCUAGGCAAGAUUUAUCAGAUUGAUAUUGGAUAUAGUGAGUACAAAAUAGUGAGUUCUCUUGAUUUAUACAAGUUUUCUAGGCCCGAUGAAAGUUCUCAGAGUAAAGACAGCGCACCUUCAACCCCAACUAGUCCUACAGAAUUUCCAGCACAUGGACCUAGAACAGUUCCUCCUCUUUUCUCUGGUAGAGAGAGCCAUAAAACAACAUCUUCAAAACAUCACUCUCCCAAAAAGAUUAAGCCAAAUUCUUUGCCAGAAAUAUUAAGAGAAGUGACCUCAGUGAUUGAACAAGCUUGGAAACUUCCAGAAUCUGAAAGGAAAAAGAUUAUUAGAAGAUUGUAUCUUAAGUGGCAUCCAGAUAAAAAUUCAGAGAAUCUUGACAUAGCCAAUGAAGUUUUCAAACAUUUACAGAAUGAGAUUAACAGACUAGAAAAACAGGCCUUUAUAGAUCAAAAUGCAGACAGAGCAUCAAGACGAACAUUUUCAUCCUCAGCUUCUCGGUAUCAGUCAGACAAAUUUUCAUUUCAAAGAUUUUAUACUUCGUGGAAUCAAGAAGCUACAAGCCAUAAAUCUGAAAGGCAACAGUAUAAAGAAAAGUGCCCAUCUUCCACAGGGCCAUCUUACUCUUCACGUUUCUUUGUACCACCCACAUUCAAGUCUGUUGGUAAUCCUGUGGAAGCACGUAGAUGGCUUAGGCAGGCUCGAGCAAACUUUUCAGCUGCAAGAAAUGACCUUCAUAAAAAUGCUAAUGAAUGGGUGUGCUUCAAAUGCUAUCUCUCCACUAAAUUAGCCUUGAUUGCAGCUGACUAUGCAGUAAGGGGUAAAUCAGAUAAAGAUGUAAAACCAGCUGCACUUGCACAAAAAAUAGAGGAAUAUAGUCAACAACUUGAAGGACUUACAAAUGAUGUUCACACACUGGAAGCUUAUGGAGUAGAUAGCUUAAAAACUCGAUAUCCUGAUAUGCUUCCCUUUCCACAGAUUCCAAAUGACAGGUUCACUUCUGAAGUUGCCAUGAGAGUGAUGGAGUGCACUGCUUGUAUUAUAAUAAAACUUGAAAACUUUAUACAACAAAAAGUGUGAGAGAUUUGAAAAAGUUAAAAUAUUGUACUCUGUAGAACUAGAUAUUUAAUAUGAUGGGAUACAAAUGUAAUUUACAUGUGCAGAUUACUAUAUUUCUGAAAGGUUACACUUACCAAACAUCUUAGAAAUACAAUGUGCAUAUGUGAAUGGUACUGAAGUAUUUAGAAUUGAAAUUAAUUUAAACAGACCAUUUUUUUCUGAGCCUACUGUAUAAGCAAGCUGUAAAACAUGAAUAUUGUAAAAUUUGCAGGGAGAGUGAGGUGCGAAAAGUAGAUGCCUGUAGAGUACAUUGGUUAAAGUACAUAUUAUUGGACUGCACUUUAUGUAACCAAAGGUUAGCAGUAUGUUAGAUAAAACUUGUAUAUACACUUAUAUUUUAUUUCAUUUAAUAUUAUGUUUCCAAAAAUGUGGUGUCACCUUUUUAGUAUACUGUUUAGACUGGACAAAUUACUAAAUGAAAAAUAAUAAAAUAACUUUGGAGAGGAGUUACUCCAGAGCAUUUCUUUAUUCUUUUGUGUUCCAUGGACAUUGAUGUCUCUCAUAGUAGUAUUCUUAUCAGCUGGAUCUGAUUAUCAGUUUGCUGCAGUAUUACAUCCUAAAGUUUAAAGGAUAAUACAGUACCUUUGACUUGUACAAUAUUUUACUCCUGAUUAAUAUUACUUGACUUAAACAUACAACAUCAUGUAGUGCAUUGAAUGCAUUUACUUAAUUAUAAUUAGGUAUUUAAUUUACAUUUUCUGUUCAAGAGCCUGUCAUUGUUUAUUUAAUGAAAACUGCAUAUGGAUAACCUGAUAGGUGACCAUUAAUGUAUAGAGUUUUAUGAAGGGUUUUUGAAAACCAUUCACCAAAACUAAAUUCUCAAAUGUCUACACUUGAGUGUUGUGCUUCUUUAUACUUUCCUCAAAUAAACAUUGGAAAUGUAGUAUGAUUUGGUAAGCCAUUAUUUGGCAUACAGCAGGCAAUAUCUUUUGUUAUAUGUCAAAAGGUGCUGUAAUGUAACACUUUUUUAUUUUGUUUUUCACGAUGGCACUAGACAUGUUUGAUUUUUAGUUCAUUUUCUUUUAUAAACUAUAAUACUUCUGGUAAUGUCAUGUAAUGUAUUCAGCAAUCACUAUUUGUAAAGAAUUAUGGGAACUUGUAAAUAGGAUAUUUUCAUUUGUUUUUUGUUCAAAUCUGCAAUAUUUAACAUAAAUGUUCAUCAUAUCCCAAUGAUAUGAUUGUCAUAACUGUUUACUUGCUAGCAUAGUGGAACUGUAAUUUCACUUACAGAAUGUAAAGGCAAACAUAUAAUAACAUGAUCUUGCAGGGGUGCUGAGGGUGCAGCAGCAUGUAAUCCAAAAAAGAAAAUGCUGACAAAGGUUUUUUCAGUUUCAUUCACAUAAAUAAGGGCUUGUUGUGUUCAGAAACCUCAGAAGUAAUUAUUUGAAAUAGGAUGAAAUUUAUGCUGUUUGGAAAACUGUAUUGCUUCUGGUUGUGAAGCCUUGUGAUUAUUUCUGCUGUUAUAUUAAGUGCCAUAACUUUAAUAAAGAAAAAUGCAAAAACA